AAGCACAAAUCUUUAGAAAGCGCUGCGUGCCCCUUUCAUAUCAGCAAUUAAACGGGAGGGGGAAGCGUCCGUGAUCGACAGUCGUAACUGCUUAUUAAAGUCAACUUCAGCAAAACUUGUCGCUAUUUACAGGCUCAAGUUAGCACGAUUAAUUUCCCGAGGAACCAAACACGAAAAUCGAAGAUUUUUUUUAUUUAUUUCACUAUUUUAAUCGUGAUCGUAAAAUAAAUAGGGAAAUAGCACGGGAUAUAACUUUUAAAUCAGCAAAGUGAAUCAAAACUAAUUUCUAUUCCAUCAUAGCUCAAUCUUAUUCAAAAAUAAAAACUCUGGAGGGAUACCUCCCUCCUUUCACUGCUAGUGGGAUCAAUCUCAUUGUGGCUACUCCUUUUUUGGUACCCUGCUUGGGUGCCUAUUCUAUCAGAGCACAAAGGAUACCCUGAUUUAAAUCUACAAAUUCAGUAUGCCGAGAAUCAAGUAUGAACGUUUUCAAUCACCUGAGUAAUGAGUUAGGUGCCUGUCUGGUGGAUGGUGUGCGUCUCAGCUAGCUGUGAAGAGGAACAAAAGAGUUGACCUCAGAUUUACAGAACAUAGGAAAAGGAAGCUGAGCCAGCCCUGUACUGGAAUAAUCUAGGCCAGUGGCAGAAGAUUUCAACAGAAGUUUUCACCAUAUGUUAAUGUGAAGAGUGAACAGUAAAUGGUUAAUCUUACUGCGAUCUGGUUUGCAUUGGCUGUGGUUUAUCCGGACGUUAAAUUCGGCGUUCGUUACACCCGAAGGAGAACGUUACAGUGAAAAAGCGGCAUUAUCAGGUGUUUCAAGUGCUGCAAUGUCAGCUCAAUCCAGCAUCAAGUCGACGCCGCCCAGCGACAAGGGCAGUAAACCGACAUCAAGUAAGUCCACCCGGGCAAGAGCCAAGGCAGAAGCCGCCAAGGUGCGACUGCGUUACGCCAGACAAGAAGCAGUUUUGAAAAUGAAACUGGCCACCAGAGAAGUCGAAAUCCAGAAAGAAAGGGCCGCCAGAGAAGCCGAAAGGGCCGCCAGACAGAGAGAAGAGGCUGCCAGAGAAGCCGUAAUCCAGAAAGAAAGGGCCGCCAGAGAAGCCGAAGAGGCUGCCAGACAAAGAGAAGAGGCCGCCAGAGAAGCCGAAACCCAGUUGGAAAUGGCAAAAAUAUCAACAGAGUUGCAAGUGCUGCAGCUAGUAAGAGAAGGAGAAGCUGCCAUGGCGGAAGCAGAGUACACAGAAGAAGCUGAAGGGUCGCGUGAUCUGACCGAAGCAAGAUCUACUUUAGAAAGGACCAGACCGGAACGCACAAGCGACUAUGUACAAUCUCAAACAGACUGGCAGGCUCGUCUCCCCUCUCCAUACGUAUUCGAUAACUUCCCCAGCUACGAGGAACCUCAGAGAGUCACGAUUGCAUCACAUCCAUACGAGGAAGGAAAUUUACCCUCACGGCUCCGUGAUGAAGUCAAGAAUGAAAGAACUGACAACGCUCCUUCACCCCCACAACAGGACGGUGGGGAGGGAGAGGUUCACUCCAGGACAACAAUUGUCAGCCCGAACUGUACAGAAGUUUGCGGUCAAACUCAGUCAAGCCGUUCUUGUUCCGAGAUCUGCCUCACUGAGGUGUACCCUAAAGGAGCCAAAGACAAGGCCAUCAAAGCCUAUGUGAUUCUGGACGAUCAGAGCAAUCGUUCACUAGUCAGUCCAGAGUUCUUUAAAUUGUUCAACAUUGAGAGUGAGCGGUUCCCAUACUACCUCAAAACUUGCUCAGGCAACAUGGAAACCCAAGGAAGGAAGGCAGAAGGCAUCCAGAUUGAGUCCCUGGAUGGUAAAGUCGUCAUCUGUCUCCCUCCGCUCUUAGAGUGUAAUGAAAUCAUGAAUAACCGCGCUGAGAUCCCGACACCAAGUGCGGUGCUACACCAGCCGCAUCUCCACCACAUCGCCAAACACAUCCCAGAACUGGAUCCGAAAGCGGAAAUACUCCUGCUAUUAGGAAGAGAUGUUAUCCGGGUGCACAAGGUUAGGCAGCAGGUCAAUGGACCACACGACGCCCCCUUUGCACAACGCUUGGAUCUAGGCUGGGUGGUGAUAGGAAGGGUGUGCCCUGAAGACGUACACAAACCGAUGGUUAACACACUCAAGACCAAUGUGCUAGAGAGUGGCCGCAAUUCAACCUUUCAACCCUGCCCGAGUGUCCCGUGCAUCAAGGAAGCACAACAAGGCGUUAACAAGCGCGAGGCAAGCGACGAGUCGCUGGGCCAGUCAGUCUUCGCUCAAACGAAGUAUGACAACAAACUUGCACAAUCAGCUCAAGAUACCAUUUCUUUAAAAACCAAAGACACCAAGGUCUUCAGAGAUGAAGCAAAUAAUGGGGUUGCCCCAUUGCCUAUCAGAGAACCAUGCCAGCGCUCACCAGAUAACAAGGAGCAGGCAGUCAAACAGUUCACGUCCUUACGGAAAACCCGGAAAAGGAAACCUGAGAUGCAGCAACACACCCGAUUGGCCCACGAGGUACUGUGCACCCUAAUGGCAGAGGUCACAGCCAUUAUAAACGCACAAUCAUUCCUACCUGUGUCUUCUGACCCAGAAAACCCCUUUAUACUUUCACCAUCAACGCUCCUUACGCAGAAAGCAGGAACACCUCCUCCACCAGGAGACUUUUCAGACAAGGAUUUGUACACAAAGCAAUGGAGACAAGUCCAGGCUCUGGCAAAUCAGUUCUGGCCUCGCUGGAGACAAAAAUAUCUACCUUUGUUGCAACAGAGACAAAAGUGGACAGAACCCCACAGGAAUCUGGCCAACGGCCAGAAUCACUGUUACAUUCCCUAGCGGGGAUGGACAUGUCAGGAAGAUCGAAUUGAAGACUACCGACCAAGGCGAUGUGAAAAUUUACCAAAGGCCAGUUACAGAAGUUAUUCUACUUCUACCCAAUGACUGAUUAAGAGACUAAGUUUGUACUCUGCUCAUUGUGACCUUACGAAGGUCAAGCGGGGAGUGUGCUGUCUUUACGACAGUUAUUUAGUUUAUAAUAUUUUCGCUUAGUAAUUCAUUCAAUAGUAUUUUCUAGUUAGAAUUAGAAGUGUUUAAAGUAUAUUCAUUGCAUGUAAAAUAUAUCGGCAUGCGAUGACGUCACAUCCGGUUUCGCCGCGUCUUGUGGGAAAACACCGGUUUGAAAUUAGCGCGAGGGUGGGGGCUUUCCACGAGGCUCACCUGAGCAGAAGUUAUCUUGCAGGCAUGAGAAAUCACAGUGAGAGCAACGCUGGUUCUUUUGAAGACCCUGACCUGGAGUUACACGCAGGCUUCGGUUCGUUGUGGGAAUGGGACCCAUUCUCGAGGUUCCACGACCGGCUGUUAUUCUAUAUGCCAAGGGUUUGGCCUGAGAGUUUCGAUCGUGUUUGGAAGCCUAAGAUCUUGGGGCUCUGGAUAUGGACGGAUCGAGGGUCAGUGUCACGGCAGGAGACUUGUGUGUCAUCGGGAAGGCCGGAAGAUCAUUUGCUGUGGGCCUGAAGACCCGAUCUUCAGACACAGAACUUGACAAAAGUGACAACAUGGACUUUUAACAUCGUAAACCAGCAGGUUGUUGUUAUGUCUCCCACUCGCUGUGAAAAUGGGGGACACCUCCCUCUCCCUUUCCAGGAAGAGAGAGAACCUGUGGUUUGUCGAAUGUCAGAUGAAAUGCAAAGCCUUUGGGGUAACUUUGGUCUGUGUCUUUGCUACUGCUUAGCACAUGCUUAGGCUCAGUGAUGGUACCAGUGCUUGCUUUU